AUGCCAUCCGCGCUAGCCUACCGCGGAGUCAGCACGCAGAACCCAGGGCAAAAGCGAAUAGUGCCAACAACUUGGACAUCAUACCGGGAACGAACUUAUGAGGGUCAUAUGCUUGCCUGCCAGAAAAGAAAAGUUUGCGACUGGGACCGAGGCUUGCAGGAGCCACCUGUAUUUGCCGUUGAACUUGAUGAGGAAGCCGACGACGAGGAGCCAGGUGCAGCCGAUGUAGCCCGCUUCAGCGAGAGAGACGUUUUACACGACUUUCAGGUAGCAGCUGAAGUACCUGUUCCAGCAGUAGUAAGCGAUCUGGUAGGUAGCAUCGAGGAGACAGGCAUCGACGCUCAGGACAAGCCGGUAGUAAAGGAAGCGCUCGGGAAUCAGCCCCUUCUCGCAGAUGAUGAAGGCUAUCAGACAGUCAAAUCCCAUGACGAGCAUAGCGAUGAUAUGGGCAGGUCCCAUUGGUCGGCUGCUCAGUCGGCGAUGGAGAAAGGUACGAGGAAGAGGACAAGUCACUUCGCGAGCGGGACGCCCAGUACUUGGUAA